AUGAGGCGAUGUCUUGAUUAUGUGGAUUUGUUUACAACCGUCGACACAUCGGAAGAACCCAAUUUUCUACAACACAGCACGCAACCUGUGAGGUAUCCUACACGGCCAGCAGACUAUCGAAUAUGUGGUGACUUGAGCUCGGUUCCGCAAACGGAAUUCUAUUCCAUCGGAUCCGUUUUAUUCCUCAUUUUCCAUUCCGUUUCCCUGCUGAAAAACGAACACCCUGUAACUUUCGGUGGCUUUGUUGGACAAUUUGCUUUCAUCGCCAAAGACAACUACAGAACCGAUGGACUGUUAAAGCCAGACACACUUUGUACAUAUCAGAUUAGUCAUCAGUCCGAGAACCAGUCCCACUAUCGAAGUGGACGAAUAUUCUCCCCCUACUAUCCGAGCAAUUAUCCACCCAGAGCCAAUUGUCACUAUCAUUUUGUGGGAGCCCAUACGGAGAGGAUAAUACUCACAUUCCAGUCCAUUCAACUGAAUACAAACGUUCUGGAUAAAGCUGCUCGGCAUAAGCCAGCUCAUUUAUCACCGAAUGCAUCAUCUGCAUCAAGGGGCAAGAUGGCUCAGUGGUUAGAACGCGAAUUCACUAGCCGGAAGGUCCGUGGUUCGAACCCGACCUCUGCCUCCAGACUUCCCUUGUCUAGACUUGGGCAACCUGGUAGUAUCCCAGCACUCAUGCCUCCUUCUGGUGGCAUGACAGUCAGGCACCGAAGGGUGCCACAACUACAUUUCCCGAUUGCUGAAAAUCCAUCGACAGCCCACGACCGGUUUCGCCCUUCUGCUUUGGGCUCAUCAGGUAGGCGCAGUCCCCGGGUUUCCGUCAACCUCAUGUUCUACUUGAAACCAAAUUGCACGAAAUUAGCGAAUAUANCUCAUUUGCAAAUCAAUUUGGGGUCUUUCGAGAGACUCAACUGGAACCCAGCUGAAUCUCUCGUUUAUGAUGUUCUCAGUCUCUCGAAAGAACCAAAUUGGUUUGCAAAUGAGUGUAUAUUCGCUAUAAGCCACCUUGUUUCUCAGUCGAGAGACUGGUCCUCACCUCCAACUCAGUGGCUAGAAUGCAGUCUCGAGAAGAUUGCACUUUCAAACAACUUUAAAAGUACAGAUUGGUCAAAAAUUGGUUGA